GAAGGCGAAGAACCUAUGAAUGAAGAGAUUAUGAUCAAAGGAACAAAGUACAUAACUAAAGGUCGAUUAUUCUCCCCAUGCAAGUGUAAUGAAUCAAUGAGAUAUGUUCAUGUUGGAUGUCUAGAAUUCUGGUUUGCUACUGAAAAACAUCAAGGAGUUUCAUAUCGUUGUGAAAUUUGUAAAUAUGAAUACAGGUUCUAUCGAACUCGCAUCGCAAGACUCUUAACAAGUUGGAUCCUUACACACUUUUUAUCAAUUUUGACAUUACUUGGUUUAUUUUUUGCUUUUUCAUGGAUGACAAAAAUUAUCGAUCUUCGCAUAAUCGGGGAUGAGGAUUUGGACUUGAAUCACACAAAUUUUAUUCAACAGCCGAUUGAAUUUUUAAAUUUAGAAAAUUGGAAUUGGAUUGCUGGACUACUUGCCAUUUCCACUAUUGGAUUACUUUUUCUUACGUACCAUAGUUGGCGAUAUGGAUUUCGAAGCACACUGUUUGGAUCUGUAAGCGGGUCAUAUUUAUUAUUUCAACAUGUUAUCAGCCGGAAUAUGAAAAAAAUCGAAGAUGUUAUAUUGCAAGUGUCUUAA